AUGCGUCUCGUUGCCCACUUCGCCGCGGCGGCGGCUUGCUGUUUCGCUGCGGCAAUCUCCCAGGCAGUGCCAAAGACAUAUUUCGUCGAGCUUUCCAAGGACUCUGCAGCCGAAGGGCUGGGCGUCAGUCCUCACGAAUUCGUCACCAAAGCAGCUGAAGCAUCUAUCCCGCUACGGGUGCGAUACGAGUACACCGACAAGAGUGUUUUUUAUGGCGUAUCAGUCUCUCUGGACAGCGACUCGGACAGUGACAAGUUGCGAGCUCUCCCAGGUGUCGAGAAUGUCAUCCCCGUCCAGAGCCUGGCGCAUCCCCAUCGCCCAAGCGGCAACCUGAAAAGGUCUCCUUCCAGCGGCAAGGGUAGCGAGCACGCCACGCGCAACUACGACAGCAGCCCUCAAUCUUCGUUCUCUCGAAGGGCGGAUGUCGACUGGAACAGCCCACACGUCAUGACGGGCGUUGAUCGCGUUCACGCCAAGGGUGUGCUCGGCGAGGGUGUACGCAUUGCCGUGAUCGACACUGGAAUCGAUUAUUUGCAUUCCGCCUUGGGAGGGUGCUUUGGCAAAGGCUGCAAGGUCGAGUUCGGCUAUGAUUUCGUCGGCAAUGGGUACGGAUUCGACAACCUCACCCUGGAUCCGGGACCGGACCCGAGACCGAACUGUUAUGAUGGCUUUCACGGCACCCACGUUGCGGGGAUCAUUGGUAUGGAGGUCCCCUCCAAUUCUUCCCUGUUUCCUGGUCUCGUUGGAGUUGCUCCCCGGGCGACGUUGGGCAUGUACCGGGUCUUUGGCUGUGAUGGAAGCGGCUCGGACGACUCUAUCGUCGCUGCCAUGCAAAGAGCCGUCGAGGAUGGUGCUCAUGUUGUGAGCAUCUCAAUUGGCGAGUUCGGCACCUGGUCAGGCUACCCUGGUUCUCCAUACCCUGCGGCGGUUGCCGCUCUGAGAGCAAAGGGUGUAGCCGUCAUCUCUGCCGGUGGCAAUUCGGGCACGAAAGGCAUGUUUUCCAUCAACUUGCCGGGUGGUGCGGAUGACGGUCUCGGUGUUGCGUCGGUCGAAAACUCGAAGUUUCCAACGUAUCCGAUUCGGGACUCUAACGGUGCCGAGUUCCGCUACGGAGCAUUAUAUCCCUUCCCGGAAGGAGAGUAUCCCCUUGCUUGGGCUGGUAGAAACACGACUACAUACAAGUUUGGCUGCUCGGCUUCCGACUAUCCGCCCGCCAGCAGUCUCCAGGGACCGAUUUCCGACUACAUUGUCGCCGUCAAGAGAGGGCCAUCAUGUUCGCCGACGCAGGUUCAGACAUAUGCAUCUGCGGCCAACUUUACCCGUGUCAUUACGUACCCGGAUCCCACCAUCAACGACAUCUUCAUUGAAGGCCACGCUGUGCCAACCCCGUCUCUAACUGCGGAUGGAUAUGUCUACCCCAUGGGCAGCGUGAUUGACAAGACCCUCUCGAAUGCAGCUAAGAGCUCUGGACAAUACAAGUUGCUCGUUGAAUCUCAGACGCCUCUUCUGGUAGAUCAACCCGGUGGCGGAUCCCCAAACGAUUUCAGCAGCAUCGGUCCCAACGCCGACUUUGCCUUCAAGCCCGAAAUAGCUGCCCCAGGCGGAAUGAUCCUGGCUACUUUCCCACUCAUGGAGAAUAGCGGCGGUUUCGGCAUCAUCGGCGGCACGUCCAUGGCGACACCUUACAUAUCUGGUGUAUACGCCUUGAUCAAGUCAAAGCAUCCCGAGUUGUCUGUUGGAGAGAUCUUCGAGCUGAUGCAAACCACUGCUACGCAAGUCAACAUGGCAGACUAUGAAUUGAUGGCGCCUGCCGUCCAACAAGGCGCAGGGUUGGUUCAGGCUCACAAAGCCGUCUUUUCGGGAACAGUGAUUUCCCCAGGGGAAUUCAAACUGGUUGAUAUCGAAGAGGCUACUUUCACCAUCAACAACCCAUCUGAUACCGACGUGACAUACAGCUUCUCCAACGUGCCUGCGGCUGGUGCAGCGCCAUUCUCAGAGGGCUCGAGCCGUUCCGCGCAGGUCGGCUUCAUCCCUCAGUCUUUCUCAGCCAAGAUCGACUUCGCGGGCGGGAGCCAGAUUACCGUCCCAGCUGGCGGCUCCCGUAACGUCUCUUGCUCGGUCACUCCUCCGUCAACUCUAGAUGCCAGCCUCGUUCCGAUCUUUUCCGGCUUUAUCAGCAUCUCCUCCUCCAUCAAUGAGACGUUCACUAUUCCUUACAUGGGACCGGCGUACAACUAUAGCAGCACGCCGACAAUCGGCUUGAAAAACAUAACCGAGGCGCAGCGAAUCAACGCUUUAACACCGACGCGCGAUCCCCUUUCUGCUCCGCAAGUCUUUGCCAACGGCGACAAGGCCGACAUCGGCAACUACCGCUCUUUUACGUUCCAGUAUCCCGAUUACCCAGUCGCAUUGUUCACCUCGCUUCAACCCGUGCGACAGUUCCGCUUCGACGUCGUGCGCGCAAGCACCAACUUCACGCCGACCUGGUACGGCUUCGAUCCCAGUGUGAAGUUUGACAACCUCACAGAGACCACGAUGAAGGAGAAUGGCACGAUUGCUGGCGUGCCCAUUCUCGGUUCGACCGAGAUUGACAACGGAUGGCUGCCUCGGACGAGCUACCAGCUUGGCUGGUCCUACAGCAUUCUCGAUGUUACAGCCUCUCGGGGGUUGGGACUGAAGAAAGGGUCCUACCGCAUCAUAUUAAGAUGGCUCAAAUUUUUCAAGGAUGAAGAGGAUCCUGAAUCGUGGGACAGCUGGAUGAGUGGCGUUAUUGAUGUUUUGGAGGACGUUUUCGAGCCAACACCUGCGUCGUAG